GACCUCGCGUGUUGCACUAACCAUAGACUUCGAAUCAAAAGCUUGUGUUUCUAUUUCAUGCUUAAAAAGACGUACCUAUGUGGCCAUUGAACAAUAUGACCCCUCAUACACAUUAAAUCAUCUAAAUUAUCAAUUUGUUUUUAAACUAUGUCAUUAAGAAAAAGUUUACAACUAAGUAGGUCACAUUUCACUCAAUUCUCCUGUUGCCGAAUAAAAUUCUAGUAUUUGCAACCCUCUAUGAGUCACACGCCUGCCCCCAUUACAACUGAAGUGCAGAAUCGAAUACAGCCAUCACAAAUAAGCAUUUCUAUUUCCGAUUUAGUAACGUGAAACUACAACGACCAGUCUUGCGACAGCCAACAGCCGUGCGGACGCGACAGUCGACAUUAAAAAUAACCCGUUUUAUAUUAUCUGUGGUCGCAACCUAUUUUUUCAUUGGCUGUGGAUUAGGGAGCUGUCAAAAUCGAAAUUUUUACUGUCAAUCACUUCCCGCGCGUUGAUGUUACGUUUUUUAAUUUGUUUGUAAACAAAUAAUUGUUUUAAAUGUCUUUGUUAAUUGUUUUGUGGGUAUCUAAUGAGUGGUAACGCGGUGUGAAAUCGGACAGUAAAGUGUGUGUUAACGUUGAGUGGUGUUUCACAAGUGCAGUUUAUUUAUUUUAAAUUUGAUACGUUGUGUUGUUCGCGACGUUCGAUUUCAAUUACGAUUUUCGGGAAGGAAAGAACACAGUAAAUAUCGCGCCACAGUCGUAAAGACAACGCCGGCCCGGGCGGUCAUGACAACAGUCGGCCGCCAUGUUUAAUUUCUUCAAGAGAAAAGGCGGCAAAACCGAGGCCGCGCCGGCGACGCCCGACGACGCCCGAAAAUUCCCGAACGCCGAGAAUACAAAAUUAACAUCAGUUACCGCGCGCGCGCAACGAAACGACACAGAACCAAGCGAAAAACUCAACACAAUACGGAAAGAUGUAGUGAACCUGCUCCUACCUGACACGGACUAUAAUAAUCAGAAAUCUGGAGUCGGCGCCAUACUGCAGAUUAUGGCCGGGAAAAGGAAAAGGGGGAAGCGAAGAAACGCUCGCGCCGAGUCGUGCAGAAUCAGCCCCUUGAAAGAGACGAACGUAUUGCAAAGGAGUAACUCAGACCGAAAGGCGAAUGACGUAGCCGUUCCCACACAAGCCAAAAAUAUCACAGACGACGCAGACUUCGUCAAGGCACUGGUCCUGCAGAAAUACGCAAAGAACAACGAUAAUAAAGAACACGUGUCCCUUAUUUAUGUUAACGAACCAGAUUUGGAUGAAAAAAAACAUGCGGAGGCAUUGCUUCGGCAGAUCGCGCGCUCUAUAGACUGUACCGUCGACAAAUUAAAUGAAGACAGACAAAUGGGAGGUACUGACAGCAAAAUAGACAAAGCAGAACCGCUUUACGAGAGUAUUGACGAACGGAAUAGUAAUUAUCGAAAUGAAUUGAAAGGUGAAUUGGAAAAGUUGAUGAACCAGGAUGACAGUGAUAGUGUUAAAAAUGAAUUGGAAUCGCCCGGGAUAACAAAGAAAUCGAAUUUGAAGCCUCCAAAGUCUGAUACCGAAGGCUGUAGCGACGAUGACAGAUCUGACUGCGGUAAAAAGAGAGUUACUUUCAGAAAGCACAUAGUCUUCGACGAUGGAGACCAACAGACUGAUGAAGAGGUGGGAUCUUCAUUCGAAUCCCUUUCAUCAGAAGACGAAGAAUACCUCGAAGAUGCCGACGAUAUUUUCGCAGAUAACACAACAGUUAUUAACGUCAACGAUAAAGAAUCUUUAACCAUCAAAGUUGAGAGCCCCGAUACGUUGAAAAGAAUUUCGAGUGACAACAGUGAUAGUGGAUUCAUAGAAAUAGCUGAUAAGAGUGAAGUGACUGACAAAUGUGAGAGUGAGAGUGACUCAGAGGACUGUGCAGUGAGUGGAAGUGAGACAGAGGAGGAAAUAAUAGAAGAAAUCAUCGAAGAAAUCACUGAACCAUUUGUGAUUGCGUCUAGUGAUCCUGAAUUAUUGGAAGAGCCGAAAACCCUGGUCUCCCAAGAGUCGAAGUUCCAGUCGCAAGUGGCGGCUCUCACAGAACUUGCUGAUGACAGAUGCAACGAGGCGGAGAGGGCGCGCGACCUGAUAGCAGCAUACAGGAAGGAAAUAGAAGAAAAGGACCAGGAAAUACAACAGUUAAAAUGCGAGCUGGCAGCAGCCUACAAAGAGUCAGAGCUCGUCCGGCAGAGGAGUCGAUCUCUUGAGGAGGAGCUCUCCGCAGCCAGGACUUGCUCCUCCAACCUAGCUGACCAGUUACAGAGACGAAACGAUGAAUCCCUACGCCAGAUCCGCGCGGAACUGGAAGAUGCUCUCGGGCAGAGAGCAGAGCUCGAGUCGCGCGUGCUCGCGCUCGAGCGAGACAAGGACAGACUCGAGCAGGAGAAGAUACUGCAGGAGCAAAAAGCACAGGAGGCCCUCACAGCAGCUGAAGCCAACACAACAAAAUGGCGCGCCGCUCACGAGGCAGCCCGGUCCCAAGCCGCGGCCCGCGCUGAGAGGAUGCUGGCAGACUGCGAGUGGAAGAUGAGGGAGCUGGAGAAGAGAGCCAGGGACGCCGAGAAGAAUAAUAAAGAGCUAACAGCAACAGUCUCCCAGCUGACGACGAACCCUCAACCCUCACCAGCACAAGUAGCUGAGCUGCAGCAGCUACGAGGAGUUGUCUCCGAGCAGCAGCGAUCAGUCCAGUCCCUGACUCUUCAGCUGCAGAAGGUUGAGACGAGGGAGGAGGCCUUGAAGCUGGAAGUACAUAGGCUGAAAGAACUGCUGGAAAGGGAGGUCAACAGUGGGAAAGAGAAAGAUGAGAGGCAUAAAAAGGAAGUCCAACGCCUAUCCGCUGAGCACAGCUCUGCAAUAGAGUCGCUCCGCUUGGAGCACAUAUCGGCGUCCGCGUCGGGCCGCGCGGCGCUGGAGCGCGGGCACGCGGAGCGCACGCGCGCCGCGCUGCAGCAGCUGCGCGCCGAGGCGCAGCAGGACGCCAGGAGCGCCGACAGGAAGCUCAGGGAGGUCACCGCCAGGUUUGAAAACUUGAAAGAACUCCUAGCGACUAAAGAGACACAAUUCGAACGCGCCAUUGCCGAGGCCCACAGUAAGGCAGAUUGGGAUAUUAUGCAGCUAAGACACCUCCUAGACAAAGCAGACAUCAGCUACGCGAACAAAGUUGAAGAUAUGACGGAGAAAUUCGAAAAGGAAAAAGAAAUGUUAAUAGAAGAAUGGUCGCAGAAGUUAAAAGAAGUAGAAGAGGCAGCGGCGACAGCGGCUAGCGAGGCCAAGGAGACUCUAGAAGCAACCAGACUGAAACUCAUCGCGGAGAGGAUGGAACAGGUCAACAAGCUGAAGGAACAGCAUCGCCAGGAGAUGGAUGACCAAUGGGAAAGGUUUAUGACUGACAAAGAGAACUGCCUCUCGAGAAUGAAAACAGAGUGCAGGCAAGAGGGAGAAGAAGAGAGAGUUAAGAGGGAGAAGGAGUUGUUGGAGGAGAUCGCUGAAUUAAAAUCCCAAAUGCAGACACAAUCGAGUGAAUACGACCACCUAGCUCUGAAGGCGGCUGCCUGCGGCCGAACCCUCGCCGUGACCGAACAGGAACUGAGAGAGGCACUGGCGAGGGAGAAAGAGCUACGAGAGAAGAGAUCAGAAGAUGCAACGAAGCUAAAACAAGCGGAAAACGCGUCCAAAGAUCAGAUUGAGCAUCUUACGAGGAAAUGCGCCUGUUUGAGGAAACUUUUUGAUGACAUCCGAGCCAAGCUCAUAGCCAGGGAGAGGACAGCGGAGCAAGAGUCGAAAGCCAAGGACAAGGAACUUCACCAGCUGAGGGGCGAAGUCGCCAGGCUGACCAAGAUACUCUUCGAGCAGAACACGCCUAAGUUAGGGGCGCGGACGCGGGCCGACGGCUGCGAGACUUCGCCCCCCGACGAGGCGGAGCCCCAGCGUAAGGGUGGGACUCAAUCCGAAUUAAACCGGAAGCGUCCGACACAAGAAACGACGUUUUCGCGCCAAAACGCAGAAAUCCAAGAUGUCCGACGUCGGGCGAACAGCGUCGACCUACCAGCAGUGCAAGUCCCAGUUAGAAUUAAACAGUUACAGGCUAGAAGCAAAGAAUCUAAUUAAAAAAUAAUAGAUGAAAAAAUCUAGACGUCAGUCCAUGAAAAUUUUAUAAAAAUCGGUACAGCCGUUUUUAUAGUUGUAAAUUGCAUUG